GGGCGGGGAGGCAGGGGUUCUGCACGAGCUCCUGCGAGGACAAAGGUAGCCGAGGCAGCGGGAGGGCGCGAGCGGAGACUUCGACUUCCAGCCGCGGAAUUGGCGGAAGGGCGCGCGCCGCCGCAGCCGUGCCCGCAGCGCUGUCGACCUCGCCGCCGGCAUCCGCGCGAGCUCCGGGGCCCCGGGGUAGGAGGCGGCGGCUGCCCACGCGGCUCACCAUGGGCUCGCGGAGCCCGGCGCUGUCCGUGGUGCCGGCCGUGCUGCUGGCCCUCGCCCUGCCGGCGCUGCCCGUCUGGGCGCAGAACGACACCGAGCCCAUCGUGCUGGAGGGCAAGUGCCUGGUGGUGUGCGACUCCAACCCGGCCACGGACUCCAAGGGCUCGUCUUCCUCCCCUCUGGGCAUCUCAGUCCGCGCGGCCAACUCCAAGGUCGCCUUCUCGGCGGUGCGGAGCACCAACCACGAGCCGUCCGAGAUGAGCAACAAGACGCGCAUUAUUUACUUCGAUCAGAUCCUAGUCAACGUGGGUAAUUUUUUCACGCUGGAGUCUGUCUUUGUAGCACCAAGAAAAGGAAUUUACAGUUUCAGUUUUCACGUAAUUAAAGUCUACCAGAGCCAAACAAUCCAGGUUAACCUGAUGUUAAAUGGGAAACCUGUAAUAUCUGCCUUUGCUGGGGACAAAGACGUGACUCGCGAAGCUGCCACUAACGGAGUCCUCCUCUACCUAGAUAAAGAGGAUAAGGUUUACCUAAAACUGGAGAAAGGAAACUUGGUCGGAGGCUGGCAGUACUCCACAUUCUCUGGCUUUCUGGUGUUCCCCCUAUAGAAUUUGAUUUCUCCGUGAUGUUUAUCCAGGUGAGGGGCAGCCCACCCCUGAGUUACUGGAAGAUCAUUUUCUCAUCAUUGGAUUGAUGUCUUUUAUUGGUUUCUCGUGGGCGAAUAUGGAUUCUCUUUCAGGACUCUAGGCCUGUCUGAACACAUACAGAAUCUCAACAGAUUAUUUUUGCGUGUGUGCAUUUUGGCAUUUUUGGAUCUCAGCAGACAAUACCUACCUAUGCUUAAACGUAACACUUCAAAGCUGUCUGCGAGGUUUAUUCUGAGUUUAAUUUCCUGGAAUUACUGAAUUUGUUGCCAACGUGGAACUUCAUUUAUUUAUUCUUGAAAGAUGGGCAACUGGGUCUAAGAAUUAGAAAACUAAAGUUCUGGCUUCAAUCAACAGUUAGUGCCAUGCUGCCGAAGAACUGUGUACUGUGUCAGUAUAUUGAUCACACUUGUGUCUACUCCUUUGGAAUUAGUUCAUUUGGUUCUCGUAAGGUAACUGGGAAUUGUUUUUCAGUGACUGGCUUUGUGUCUUCUCUACAAAUAGGGUAAUGAAUGGUCUGCCCUCAAAUUUACCCUUUGAGAUCACCAACAUGACUUCCCCUUAAACAAAUAAAAAAAGAAAUAGAAUGCUUCAUAGUUGUAUUUUAAUUAUAUAUGUGAAAGAGUCAUAUUUUCCAAAUUCUAUUUUCUAAUAGGAAGAAUAGAUCAUAAACCUGACAAAGGAAAAGUUGUUUACCCAAGUUCUAAGUGCUCAAUCCCCAAACCUUUGCAAAACAGCUCUCCUCUGUGGGAAACCUUAUACUUUAUUGCUCAACUUUAAUUAACAUGAUUGAUAAUAACCACUUUAUUAAAAACCCAAGGGAUUAUUAUUAUUUUUUCCUUAGACAUGACCACUUUAUUAACUGGAGAUGGGAUGCCCUUGUUUUAAUUAUACCUAUUUGUCAAACCUUCUGUUGUGUUUGAAGUAUCAUCUGGUUUUGCCUUAACUCCUUAAAUUGUAUAUAUUUAUCUGUUUAGCUAAUAUUAAAUCCAAAUAGCCCAUAUCUAAACUUAGUGCAAUAUCUUAUUUUGUCUUUUGUACGGGUCAUAUGAAUUCAUAAAAUUAUUUAUGUCUCUGUUAUAGA